GUGGUCUCACGGUUCCGUGCGGAAGUAGCGGAUGGAGAUCGAAAUGGUAGCGGUUCAGCUGCUGCAGCUGCUGGAGUCUGAGAGAAGCCUUUGGUGAUCGCAGGCCUGAUGAGCGGACGGCAAAGAACCCUUUUUCAGACCUGGGGCACAGGCCUCUCCCGAUCCGCUGGGACUCCGGGUUGCAGCUCUGGAACUGAGCGGCCUCAGAGUCCUGGCACCUCCAGGGCGCGUUUUCCAGCGGUCGCAGAGCCUGCUGAGGCACAGCCUGAGUCGGACGAUGAUGUGUUGCUGGUCGCAGUGUACGAGGCAGAGCAGCAGCUGAGUCUAGAGAAUGGCGGGUUCUGCACCUCAGCGGGCGCCCUGUGGAUUUACCCUACUAAUUGCCCAGUGCGGGACUACCAGCUGCACAUCGCCCGGGCCGCUCUGUUCUGCAACACGCUGGUGUGUCUGCCCACCGGGUUGGGAAAGACUUUUAUUGCCGCCGUGGUCAUGUACAAUUUCUACCGCUGGUUCCCAUCUGGCAAGGUGGUCUUCAUGGCCCCCACGAAACCUUUAGUGACUCAGCAGAUAGAAGCUUGCUACCGAGUGAUGGGUAUCCCGCAGCUCCACAUGGCCGAAAUGACAGGAUCUACUCAAGCAUUCACCAGGAAGGAAAUGUGGCGCAGUAAGAGAGUCAUUUUUCUCACACCUCAAGUCAUGGUAAAUGAUCUUUCCAGAGGAGCUUGUCCUGCUGCUGAAAUAAAGUGUCUAGUUAUUGAUGAAGCUCAUAAAGCUCUUGGGAACUAUGCUUAUUGCCAGGUUGUGAGAGAGCUAAUCAAAUAUACAAAUCAUUUUAGAAUCUUGGCUCUUAGUGCCACACCAGGUAGUGAUAUAAAGGCUGUGCAACAGGUUAUUACUAACCUACUAAUUGGGCAGAUAGAACUUCGUUCUGAAGAUUCUCCAGAUAUUUUACCAUACUCUCAUGAAAGACGAGUUGAAAAGCUUGUUGUUCCCCUUGGUGAAGAACUUGGAGCCAUCCAAAAGGCAUAUGUACAGAUUUUGGAAGUAUUUGCCAGUUCUUUGAUUCAGAGGAAUCUUUUGAUGAGAAGGGAUAUCCCCAAUCUAACAAAAUACCAGAUAAUUCUGGCAAGAGAUCAAUUUAGGAAAAACCCACCUACAAAUAUCGUGGGAAUACAACAAGGUAUAAUCGAAGGAGAGUUUGCUCUUUGUAUUAGUUUAUAUCAUGGUUAUGAAUUAUUGCAGCAAAUGGGAAUGAGAUCAUUAUAUUUCUUCCUUUGUGGAAUUAUGGAUGGAACUAAAGGAAUGACUCGGAUGAAAAAUGAACUUAACCGAAAUGAAGACUUCAUGAAACUCUAUAAUCAUCUCGAGUGCAUGUUUGCACAUAGACGUAAUACUUCAGCAAGUGGCAUUUCUCCUAUUGAAAAAGAAGAAAAAGAAUUUUUCUAUAGUCAUCCAAAAUUAAAGAAAUUAGAAGAAAUUGUAGUGGAACAUUUCAAGUCAUGGAAUGCUCAAAACACAUCUGAGAAGAAAUGUGACAAGACCAGAGUUAUGAUCUUCUCUUCAUUUCGAGAUAGUGUUCAAGAAAUUGCAGAAAUGCUUUUACGGCAUCAGCCAGUUAUUAGAGCAAUGACUUUUGUUGGCCAUGCCUCAGGGAAAAGCAUGAAGGGUUUUACCCAGAAGGAGCAACUGGAGGUAGUGAAACAGUUUCGUAGUGGUGGUUACAAUACAUUGGUUUCUACUUGUGUUGGUGAAGAAGGUUUGGAUAUAGGAGAAGUUGAUCUUAUAAUAUGUUUUGAUGCUCAGAAGAGCCCAAUCCGUCUUAUACAGCGAAUGGGUAGGACUGGUCGUAAACGUCAAGGCAGGAUUGUUGUUAUCCUUUCGGAGGGACGAGAAGAACGUACUUAUAAUCAAAGUCAGUCCAACAAAAGAAGUAUUUAUAAAGCUAUUUCAGGUAACAGGCAGGUCCUUCAUUUUUAUCAAGCAAGUCCACGAAUGGUUCCUGAUGGAAUCAAUCCAGAAUUACAUAAAAUGUUCAUCACACAUGGUGUCUAUGAACCAGAGAAGCCUUCUCGGAACUUGCAGCGAAAGUCAUCUAUUUUUUCCAGUAGGAGUGGAAUAAGACAAAGUGAUUCAAAGAAAGAUUGGUUCUUAUCCGAUGAAGAAUUUAAAUUAUGGAACAGACUUUAUAGGUUAAGAGACAGUGAUGAAAUUAAGGAAAUAAUAUUGCCUCAAGUUCAAUUUCUGUCUUUACAAAAUGAGGAAAAUGUACCAACUCAAGAACCAACCAUUGGAAUUCGUCAACUCUCUCUCUCUGAAUGGAGACUAUGGCAAGAUCAUCCUUUUCCUACAUAUCAAGUUGAUCACUCAGAUCGAUGCCAUCAUUUUAUAAGCAUUAUGCAAAUUAUAGAAGGAAUGAGACAUGAAGAGGGAGAAUGCAGCUAUGAAUUGGAAAUUAAAUCUUAUUUAAAAAUGGAAGAUGUUAGCUCAACAUUUAGUGCUCCCAGGAACAAAUACAAUCUUGCCAAUGGCACCUUUACUAGUAAUAAGAAAUCUUCAUUUACAAAGACUAUAAAUGAAGGCAGUUCAAUCCCAGUGACAGAAUCUGAUGAAGAAUGUGCUGAAAUUUUUAAACAGACUCGUAUCAAACCUAAAAUUGUUUCUUUAAAGAGAAAAGCUUUUAAAAAACUGAAAAAAGAUCAGCCUAAAAAAGAAAAUAAUGAUGUUGUUAUGGAUUUUUUAGAUACUGAUGACAGUUCUACAGUUGAAAAUAUUUUUCAGGUAGACCUAAAUGAUAAAAGGGCAUCAGAUAUAGAUGAAGUUGCUGCCACAUGUGCUAUCAAUGAAAAUGUUGUUAAUCAGUCAUGUGGAUUAUUAACAGAAUGUCAGAUUACAAAUAAAUCUACUAGUUCAUUUGCUGGAAAUUUUUUAGAUUCUGGUUAUAACAGUUUCAGUGAUGAGAAAUCUGUUUUACAUAGCUUAUUUCUUCCACUUGAGGAAGAGCUUGUUAUAGCUAGAACUGAUGACCAAUUUUAUAAUUGUUACUCACUAACAAAAGAGGUACUAGUUAAUGUAGAGAGAUUUUUAUCUCAUUCUCCACCACCUCUCAGUGGACUUUCAAAUUUGGAACAUGAAAUUACUAAGGAUUCUGCACCUGAAAAUUUGCUUUACCUACCCUACACAGAGUAUUUACCAAACAAUAAACCUACCUGUUUGAUAUCACAUUCAGCUGUAAGUUCUCGACAGGAUUUAGAAUUAAAUUCACUUAAAUUUAUUAAUCAUCCUUCUGAUAAAAGUUGCCUUUAUAGUACAAUGAAUGAUAAGAUUUUUGAUGAGCCAGGCUUAUGUGACUGUGAUGAUAAAGUACGUAAAAAUGUUAAAAAUGAAAAUUUAGUAAGCAACAAUCAUACUGAAAUAAACAUAGGCCCUCCAAAGUAUUUUGCUGAAGAAAACAAUUGUGAUGUUAACAGUGGGUUCCCAGUAUUGCUCACUGAUCAGGAUGAGAGUUUACCACUAUUUGAAGAUGUUAAUACAGAAUUUAAUGAUAUGACCCUUCCUCCCUCGAAUAAGGAAUGCAAAUCUUUACAUGUGUCAGACAAAACUUGUAUAAACAAAAUGGCACUGGUUUCUCAGUUCUUAAUUUCUGAUGAACUUUUGUUAGACAAUAAUUCUCAACCCCAAGAUCAAAUUGCCUAUUAUACUAACAGUUGGAAAUCUCAUGAAGAUUUGACAGGAGUACAUGAGGAAAAACUGAAGAGUGACGAAUAUGUUCUUGACUACUCUAAGGAUUUAUUUCCUGUUACCUUUGAUUUAGGAUUUUGUAUUCCAGAUUCUGAUGAUGAAAUAGAACAUACAUCAAAUACAAAUAAGAAUAAAAUUUUAGAUGAUCUAUCUGGAAGGUGUUUAGAUGUCAAGGAGAUAAGUGAUGCAAACUAUGUUUCAAAUUUAGCAGUAAUACCAAGAGAUCAUGUUGAUAGUUCUACGAGUAGAAUCAUUACUAUCUCAUCAAGUGAAGAUAUUCAGAAUCCAACUUCUGCACAUUUCCCAUUGAGUAUAGCAAAAAAUAAACAAUUUAUGUCACCUGGUUAUUCUCAGUUUCCUUUGCCAGGAGGGGAAAUAGUUAUGAGUACACCACUUUCUGAAUCAAACACAUUGAACUCUAAAAAGAGAAAGGAAAUGCCUAGGAUGCUAGAUUCUAAUAAGGGAAAGGUAAAUCUACAAAGUUUCAAAGACACAUUGAAUUCAACUUUUGAUGAUUCAGGACUUUCUAUAGAAAAGACUAAAAAUGGGGAACAAAUCAACCUACAUCAAUCCUGUCAUUCUGCUGGAGAUGAACAGUUAACAAGCAAUGAAAGUGAAGGUGAUGAGAUUUUCCAAAGAAAGAGUAAAAAAGCAAAAGGAAAUGUUUUGGAAUCCCCUGAGGAUCAGAAACGUUGUGAAGUUGAUUCCCCACUUCAUGCUGUAAGAAAGCGCAGGGUUCCUCCAAAGAAAUUGGAAUUAUCAUCUAGUGAUGAGAGCGAGGAUUCUUCUGAACACCCACAACUAGAAGACUUUAAGAGUUGUAACAGGAAUACCAAAAGAAGCACCAAAGUCCGAAAGAGACAGAAUCACCUGAAGCUUGUAGCUAGGAAGUUUUUAGAUGAUCAAGCAGACCUUUCCCAAGAAGAUGCAGAAUGUGUUUCAUCAGAUGAAAACGAUGAGUCAGAAAAUGAAAAAGAUUCCUCAUUACUUGACUUCUUAAAUGAUGAGACUCAACUUUCACAGGCAAUAAAUGAUUCUGAAAUGAGAGCUAUUUACAUGAAAUCUGUGCGCAGUCCAUUGAUGAGCAGUCGGUACAAAAUGGUCCAUAAGAAACAUAACAACAUAAACAUUUUCUCACAGAUUCCUGAGCAAGACGAAACCUAUUUAGAAGACAGUUUUUGUGUUGAUGAAGAGGAGUCUUGCAAAAGUCAAUCAAGUGAAGAAGUGUGUGUCGAUUUUAAUUUAAUAACUGAAGAUUCUUUUGCAAAUGGGAGUAAAAAAUAUAAAACCCGACGUGCAGUAAAGCUAAACAAAAUGAAGAUGGGACAGAAUUGUGCACUUUCAAAAAAGAAAUUAUCCAGAAUUAUUUUACUGGAUGAUUCAAGUGAGGAGGAAAACAGUGUAAAUGAUAAAAGAGAAUCCAAUAUUGUGGUUAACUCAAGCACUGUUAAAAAGAGCAAACAGCAGGACCAUUGUUUGAACUUAGCACAUUCUGGGUCUUCCUUGCAGUCCAAGGACCAUUCUAAUCCAACUGUUAAUCAAUUGCCAAAGGAGAGACAAGAGACACUACUUAAUUUAAAGGAUACAGUUUCUGAUGUCUUGGACUCUAAACCUCAGAGCCGAAAUAAAAUUAAAUCUAUCUCACCAUCCGUCACUGCUGUUGAUUCACAGAAAGACUGUAGAAAAUUUCCAAUUCAGUUGAAGGCUGGUGGUGCUCUAGAAGAUUCUAGCACUUCAAUAGCUUACAGUUCUAACUCAAGACCACGUUGGGCUGCCACACAUGCUUCUCUCAGACUCCCACAGGAGGGCCAGAGAACUUGUAUUCUUGUAGAUAGUCGUGAAAUCACUUCUGGUUCAGAAGUAAUUUCUUCCCUAAGAGCAAUUCAUGGCUUUCAAGUAGAGGUUUGUCCUCUUAAUGGUUGUGAUUACAUUGUAAGUAACCGCAUGGUGGUGGAAAGGAGGUAUCAAUCUGAGAUGUUAAAUAAUAUUAAUAAAAACAAGUUCAUUGACCAGAUCCAGUACCUACAGAGCAUGUUUGAAAGAAUAUGUGUGAUUGUGGAAAAGGACAGAGAAAAAACAGGAGACACAUCCAGGAUGUUUAGGAGAACAAAGAGCUAUGACAACCUGCUGACUACCUUAAUUGGUGCUGGAAUUCGAAUUCUUUUCAGUUCCUGCCAAGAAGAAACUGCAGAUUUGCUAAAGGAACUGUCUUUAGUGGAACAAAGAAAGAAUGUUGGUAUUCAGGUUCCAACAAUGAACAGUAAUAAAUGUGAAGCACUUCACUUUUAUCUAAGUAUUCCCAAUGUAAGUUAUAUAACUGCAUUAAAUAUGUGUCAUCAGUUUUCAUCUGUUAAAAAGAUGACUAACAGUUCACCUCAAGAAAUCUCCAUGUAUGCACAAGUAACUCAUCAAAAGGCUGAGGAGAUCUAUAGAUAUAUUCACUAUGUAUUUGACAUGCAAAUGUUACCAAAUGGUCUUAACUAAGACUGAAAUCUGAUGCACAAUCAGACUGCUCAAGGUGCGGUUAUCAAAGAACUCUCACAACACUAAAUGCACUUCAGUAAUCAUUGCUAUGUUUUGUGAUUAUCAGUUUAAAAUAAGUAAAUAAGAGAACAUUUCCAUAUCUAUUAUUUUAUGUUGUGUCUAUUUUUUUUAUAUGGGUUAUGUAUUUUUAAAAAUCUGAUGCUCAGUAAUGACCAUUUGAUUAACUGGACUAUGAAACUGUAUUUUUAUUGAAUAAUAAAAGUUUAUUGAAGGUGCUAUUGAGAAAGUAAAA